CGUGGUCAAUACAACGGAAAAUGGAAAAUUAUUAUCCAGGACAGGGACAAUUCCGUGCCAUCUUCUGCUAUCGCAAUCGUGACGACUAAGAAAAACCAAAUUACACUCUCCUCACCCCCCAAACAAUUGAAUAACAACAAUCAAUACCAAACAGAACCAAUCUUUUUUAUUUUUUAAAUUAAACCAUGCCGAUAAAUUGUUUGCGUUAAAGCCAAAACCAAUAAAAACCCUGUUCUGUUCAGCACCAUCAUCUCCAAAAUCAAACUAUGGAGUUCUUUAACAAAACCUCCGCUGUGAAACUCCGGAGCCACCUUGAUAAGUACUUAAUUGCCGAUGACGAUAAAGAAACCGUUCGACAGAGCCGUAACGGUUCGUCUCGAAAAGCGAAAUGGAUUGUGGAAUUCGUUGAGAGUAAACACCAUGUUAUAAGGCUUAAGAGCUGCCAUGGUAGGUACCUCACAGCCACUGAAACACCGUUCCUUUUGGGGAUGACUGGGAAUAAGGUUCUUCAAACGGAACCGUCGUCGAAGCUUUCAGAUUGGAAUACGGAGUGGGAGACGAUAAGGGAUGGAUUCCAGGUGAAGCUGAGGAGUUGGAACGCCAAGUACUUGCGUGCCAACGGUGGUACGCCACCGUGGAGGAACUCCAUCACCCACGACGAGCCGCAUACCGGUACGACCCACAACUGGAUUCUGUGGGAUGUUGAAGGGGUUGAGCUUACCGAAUCCGAAGUGGUCGCCGACUAUUUGUCGUCGUUGUCGAGUUUCAAUUCUUCCAUCUCCGAUGAGAUUCUGAGCGAGCUUGGUUCGCCCAGGCCCGUCGUCAAAUCUCCGGCCAGAUUUUUUUCUUUUUCUUCCAAACAGAAAAAUUCGAACUCUAAUUCCAACUCCAACUCCAACUCCAACUCCAACUCCAACAAGCAUUUCACUACGGGAAUGGAUUUCUUCCACAACGCCAAGGCGGUGAGACUCCGAAGCCACCACGAGAAAUACCUCCUCGCCGAAGAAGACGAAGAGUCCGUCAACCAAGACCGAAAUGGAUCAUCCAAGAACGCCAGAUGGACCGUCGAGUUUGUACCCGGAUCGGAAACCAUUAUCCGACUCAAGAGCUGCUACGGAAAAUAUCUGACCGCUUCCAACCAGCCUUUUCUGCUGGGCAUGACCGGUCGGAAAGUCCUCCAGACUCUGCCCAAACGCCUUGACUCCUCCGUCGAGUGGGAACCGGUUAGAGAAGGAAACCAUGUGCGUCUCAAGACUCGGUACGGUCACUUCCUCAGAGCCAAUGGUGGGUUGCCACCGUGGAGGAACUCCGUGACUCAUGAUAUCCCCCAAAGAACCUCGACUCAGGAUUGGGUUUUGUGGGAUGUUGAUAUUGUUGAGAUUCAGGUUCUUCAAUCUCCAGGUGCUAAGCCUUCCGCCCCUCAGAUUCCCCAUUCUGAUUCUUUGGAUUUCGAUUCCAGUUCGCCCUCUUCGGUUUCCAUCAAAUCCAAUUUUUCCAGACAAGAGUCGAGCGAUUCUUAUGCGGGUUCGGGUUCGCCACCGAAAUCCGAAGGGAGGACUAUAUAUUACCAUAUAGCUGAUGAAGACGGUGAUGUGGAUGAUGAAGCUGUUCAGGGUUAUUCUUUUAACUUCAAAGGUAGUGGGGUUGAAGAAUUGACUCGUAAAUUCGAGGAAGAGACUGGGAUUGAAGGUGUUAUUGUUUGCACUCGAAACCCUUUGAAUGGAAAGCUCCAUCCCCUUCGUUUGCAGCUUCCUCCUAACAUUGUCACCAUGCAUGUUGUCAUUGUCCUAGCUUCUUCAAAAGCGGCCAACGAUAUUGCAAAACAAGGAGGAAUAUGAUAAAAUGCAUCCAGUAGACAUUACAGUUUUGUUAAAAAGAGGAAAAAUCCAGGACUACCUGUUUUGUACAUUCUAUUCUCCCUAGGACUGUUUCUUACUCUCCCCGAAAGUGUUACAAGAGGAUCACAAUGGUGCUUCUCGUGAAUUCUAUUUAUCUCCUACGCUAAAAUUUAUGCUGUCAGGUGGAAAGAACAAAAGAAGUUGUUCUUUGCCAUGGAGAAGAACCAUGUCAUUAUCAGCAUUGCUGGAAGCCUAACUUGAUGAUACUUUUUGGGAGGGUGUUUUAAAUUGAUACUGUUGUAAAAAAUUUCUGCAGAUUUUUUUUGUUUGCCUUUUUAAGAUGAUAAAGAUGUAUUGGUUUUUUGAUACCUUUGGUUUCCUGCUGCUGUAUUUCCCACCAACAAAAAAAAAAAAAGAAAAAAAGAAAAAAAGGGGGUAUCCUCCUGCUGCAUCCAGUUUUCCUUCCAGUGCUUGUAUAGCUGAUUUUGUAGAACUGUUUGUAAUACAUUCUUGCAUUCUAUAUAAUAACUUUGAUUGCUUAAGAUA